CAUGUGAACUAAUCUGUUAAUUCCGCCAUUGCUGCGUAUUUUGACGGUGUAGUGCCGUGAGUCUCCGCUUAAUUUGUGAAUUUACCAAGUUUUUCAUGAUUUUAAACAACUUACAAAAGGGACAGUUCUCCCGUGUUGUGUACGAUUAUCCACGCGCCUGCGUCUCACCUACGCCGCUGCACCGCAUGUGUGCCCACAACAACGACUCCCCCAUAAACAUUAGAAAUAGGCAGUUUUCGAGCAAUCGACACCGUAAACUACAACCAUUUAGGACCUCGUGACUCUCGUGCUGCUGCUCUAGUUUGUCCCGCCGCCCUCUCACCGACAUCUGCCCCCCGACGAGCCUCUAUGCUCAUUCAGUCAAAGUCACUCCAGCUGCUGCUCAGCUGUCACCUUCCUCGACGCCUCUCUCCAGCCUCAUGCUAGGACCGUCUCAUCUCUGCCUCACUCUAUCAACUUAACAUCACGGGAUCACUUCACUUGAUGAUCUCGUAGUCGCGCUUUUUUUUCCCUCCGCCCUCCUGUAUGUGCGCCUAGAAUAUCUUCAACUUGUGGACGACCUGAUCAUUUCCAAAAGCCAAGAUGAGUUACAACGUGAACCGCAGCGUCACGGACGCGUUCUACCGUUACAAGAUGCCUAAGCUGAUGGCUAAGGUGGAAGGCAAGGGUAACGGCAUCAAGACGGUCAUCGUCAACAUGGUGGACGUUGCCAAGGCGGUCGGCUGCCCGCCUACCUACCCGUGCAAGUUCUUUGGGUGCGAGUUGGGCGCCCAGACAUUCUUCGACUUCAAGAACGACCGCUACAUCGUGAACGGCUCGCACGACGCUACCAAGUUGCAGCAACUGCUGGACGUUUUCAUCAAGAAGUUUGUGUUGUGCCCAUCGUGCGAUAACCCUGAGACGACGCUCUUCCCCAACGAAAAGAAGGGAAUAAUAAAGCAGACGUGCAAAGCCUGCGGCCAUCAGUGCCAGCUCGACAUGCGCCACAAGCUCACUACUUUCAUCCUCAAGAAUCCACCGGAUGUCAAGCCUGACCAGCUGGGAAAUUCCAAGACCCAAAAGAAAACUAGGACCAAAAACUUGCAGCCAGACUCUCCUAACGGCGGCACCAACAGCGCUUCGGAUGACCAGAAGAGCGAUGACGACGACUGGGCCAUGCAGAGUGACGUGGCAGCGUCAGAGCGCAUGCGCGACCUCAGCGCAAACGUGAAGCGCCUCACUGUGUCCACGCACGCUGACCGUUCGCAGUCGGAGAGGCUUGAGCUCUUCUAUGAUUAUUGCAAGGGCAAGAAGAACAAGGGUAUUCUUGUGCCCGGAGCGGACGUGGCCGUCUACAAAGACAUCGCUGCUGAGGCUGACACGCUCGAAGUCAGGGAGAACAAGGGCGUGAUGGUUCUUAUAGAGCUGCUCUUCGAUGAGAACUGCGUCAAGCAACUGACGCAGUACCGCAUCUUGCUGUUGCUCUUCACUCACGGCAACGACAAGAGCCAGAAAUAUCUGCUGGGUGCUCUCGAGAAACUCGUUGAGAUGAAGAAAGAAGCUCUGCUGCCCAAGGUGCCUCACAUUCUGAAGACGCUGUACGAUCACGACAUCGUGGAUGAAGAAGUGAUUGUUGAGUGGAGCAAGAAGGCGUCGAAGAAAUACGUCAGCAAGGAAAUGGCUCAGGAAAUCCACAAGAAAGCGGCGCCUUUCCUCAAGUGGCUUCAGGAGGCAGAGGAAGAGGACAGUUCGGAGGAGGAAGACGAAUCGGAUGAGGAUGAUCUACGUAUUGAGUACGACGACAAGGCGCUGAGCAUGACUCUGAAGGAACAGGAAGCUAAGGCUGCGGGCCCCAAGAAACCUGCCGUGGCUGAGAUAGCUCCUACGCAGGCAGCCAAGGACGCGGAGGAUGAUGGCAGUGACAUCGACAUUGACGAUCUCUAGAGUCUUCUCUUCUGGCUUGACGACCGGCUGCUCAUGCGCGUGUGUUUUAACUUCGUGGGAAACAGAGACGUGUGUUCUUGUCGGUCUUAUCAAUCAAUACGACUGUUCUCUCUUCUAAUGAAGUUUUAGCUAUCCGAUUGAUCGUGGAUAAAGUAUGUGAAUUUAGACUUCUCAAUGAGGUUUUUUUUUUCGAAAUAGCUGUUCAUGAUCAUCGGCACGUUGAUGCUGCAGUUCCGGACAGGUUGUUGCUCCACUGGCGCUCGGCAGCGCUGCCUCCAACCCGUGUCUUCGAGACGUACUGUACCGUUCGUUAUUCGAAGAAAAGAUCACCGUUUACGGCCACAUGUUUAUGUGAAUCCACCGUCGCCGAUUUACGUCUUUGAAAUAUCUUGCUUUGGUCACAGUUCGGUUUUGAAAUUAUGCCUAAAUUCACAUUAUACUCUCCAUCAUGUUUUUUGUAGUUCACUGUUCAAUUUCUGCGCGAUUUUCUGUUACAUCUCUCAUGCAGUGGGUGGAGGGAACAUACGACAGUGCGAGAGGGGAGGAUUUUUUUCGAUUGUUUGCGAAUCUGCUGCCUGAAAGUUACCGAUGCUAGCGAUUGUUGUCGUAAUCAAAUGAGGUUUUUGGAAACGAAGUUGACCUGCAUGACUGAGGAUAGAUCAUUAAAGAUGUAAAAUGUAUUACAAAUACUUAUUGGUCAUUGAAUUCUUCAGGACGUUUCAAUGUUCAAUCGCCUCUUCGCAGUGCGUGGAUAAACAAUAGCAUGCUGUAUGGUAUUUCAUAUCAAAUCAAUAUGCUCUCAGUGAUCCGGCUAUAUUAUCGCUAGUGUCGUGUCUCUUUCUUAAAUAAAUUAACUCUUAUUUCUGAUCUGAAUGUCCCCGGUUUAUUAUUUUCUAUUAGUCUUGCCAUGAGUGAUUUCCAUUGAUUUCUCAAGCAUAUUUUUGCACAUACUUUAAUUUCUAUCGUGAGGCGGUUGGACAAAGUAGAGUAGUAUUUCUUUUGUAUACUCAGCUUCCUUUUAGCGUUACUGUAGGCUUUUUGGCGUUUCGGUGUUCUUCCUAAUACGCGUGCGAUGGAUGGUCGUGAACCUUGUAAAUAAAAUUAUGGUGCGGCACAUCGGUUCUGUGAAAGGACCGGGCCUUAUUCGACGUAGAUUGCAAGAACAAUUGGUUAGUUCUUAGCGUGUGACUAGCUUGUUGGGGUGUUGUUUUAUUCUGCAGCUGACUAUCGCUCCGUACUUUGUGGUAAAUUUUCUCACAAAGCUUAUCAAGAACUCAAAAUCUGCAUUGCUUAGUCUUGUAGCCUCGUAUGCUAACGAGCUUCUCUUUCGUGUAACUGUUCUUUUGCUUAUCAAUUAAAAGCUGUUGCAAAA